CUAGAAGCCUAAACUUUCCCUUUCGCUUUCACUUUCAAUUCCAAUUGAAAUCACUAUCCCUCUUUCAAUACACCUAAGACGCCCUCAGUCACAUUCCUCUCCCCCCUCAUCAUCAAAAUGGGCAAAUCAAUCCUCCUCAUCAACGGUCCUAACCUUAACCUCCUCGGCACCCGCGAGCCACACAUCUACGGCCACACUACCCUCGCCGAUGUCGAGAACGACAGCCGCGCCAUCGCCACCCAGCACGGCUGCACCUUUGACGCCUUCCAAUCCAACCACGAAGGCGCAAUCGUCGACCGCAUCCAAGCCGCCCGCGGCAACGUCGAUGGCAUCGUCAUCAACCCGGGCGCUUAUACGCAUACCUCGGUGGCUAUUCGCGAUGCCCUGCUUGGUGUGGGUAUCCCUUUUAUUGAGCUGCAUGUGAGCAAUGUUCAUGCUCGAGAGCCGUGGCGCCAUCACUCGUAUUUCAGUGAUAAGGCGGCGGGCAUUAUUGUUGGAUUGGGUGUUUAUGGGUAUAAGGUUGCUAUUGAGCAUGUUGCGGUAAACUUUAAGGAGUUGGAGAAGGAGACCAAGGCUACUCUUUGAGGGGAUCACAUAAGACGGGGGGCAAAAUGAUGAACUGGGAAAUCUUUCUUGGUGAAGGGGGUUUUUCGUUUUUGUGUAUACCGGUUCGAUGUAUAUAGGGCAG